UGCUAUUCCUUCUCAUCUGGUUCCUCUUUUGGAGGCCCAUAACAUAAGAAAUUCUGAUUUUUUCUGCAAAGCAACAGUAAAUGGGUUCUUCAACCAAAUGUGCAACAAUCAUAUCUUCCAUUGCCUUUUCUGUCUACUUCUCUCUCAUUAUCUUCCAAGUUCCUCUUUUCAGGGUACCAUGUGGAACUGGAAUAUGUCAGUCUCCUAUACAGGUGACUUCAUAUCAGUUGAUUGCAUAUGAAGUGAUCCCUGCAUUUGUUGCCAAAACCCUUCUCUACCCUGGAGCCAUUGCCAAUGCCAUCAUCAAGAACAAACCAAUUCCCAACUACAACAAACUUCUUAACUUGUAUAACUUCACCCACAUGAAAAAGGCUGCUACAAUGUCCGAUCUCGAGCACCUAGAGGUCCUAGCAGGAAGUUACUUAUUGGUGGCAGGAGCAUUUUUAGGUCUAGUAAGUUUGAGACCUGGAAGGAUGAGCCUUUUUGGGACAUUUCUGAUUAUAUGGGGGAUUGUUAGAGAAGUCAGCUUUAGGAAACAUACAAAGGCUUUCUCCAUCUAUCCAACAAUGUUCAUUGUUGUGUUCUGUUCUUUCUUGGCUAUAAGGAGGGUUGUAAGAAAGAUUGUUCGUUGGUGUAAAGCUCCUUGGUCAAAAGCAAAAUUCAUGUGAUUUGCAGUUUUUGUGCUGAUUUUAUACAGCAAAAAUAGAUUCACUUGUAUUACAACAAAUGUUGGGAGAUCUGAUUUGUAAGGAAUAGAGGAAUCAUUUUGGUGGGAAUGCUUAGCUCUGCUGACUUGAGAAAUGGGAAGAAAUUUUACUCAAAUUGUA